CGCAGCGCACGCCCUCCCGUCGGCUCGCUCCCUCUGGCGUUGCGGCGAGGCAAGAGGAGGCGGAGGAGGAAAACCUGUCGCCCGUUGUCCGCCGACUCUCGACUUGGGGCGCGCUCAGUCAGCAGUCGAGCGCCUGCGUCCGCGUGGUGCGUUGAACCGCGCGUUGGCCUAGGCGGCGCAAGUGCGGAAGCGAGCGGCACGGCCAGGCCUUCUCUGGGCUCUCGCCGCCUCGCGAUGUAAACAAGGGCCGCGUUGUUGUCGCGCGCCUCGCGUCACACGAGCGUGCUCGCCCCGAACGUCGGAGCUCACCGCGGGAACUGCCGACGCCGCUCUGCUCGUCCCUUCCUCGAGACGAACGCCUGAACUCUGUCGAGAGGCCUCGGAUAUCACCUCGAGUCUACCGUUUUGUUGCUGCACGCCGACGUUGUGUGGCCGCAGAGGAGCGAGUGACCGGUGCGACGGGACUGGACUCUGCGUCCCGAGAAACGUGGACCGGUCGGAGCGGAUCUGAACGUGGCAGUGGGUUUCCCUUUGCACUCGACCGUCGCAUGUGUACGCUGUUUGGUGAAAGUGGUGGCCAGCUUCCUUUGGCCUUAUUUCUCGCUUGCCUCGAAGUGUGACGCAGCAACUGCGGAUACCUUGAGGGGACGUAUCUUCCCCCUCUUCUGCUGUGGUCGCUGCCUUUGGGGAGACACUGAAAGCAGUGAAUUCCUGCGUCCCUCACGCUUGGAAUAACACGGGACAGUGUUCCCGCUGGUUUCGAACGAGUGUUGUGGUGUGGAUGCCGCCGAAGGCGUUCGCCUUGCGACCGCCUUUCAUCGGAGAUCAUCGCCGGAGAUACCCGCACCUCUUUCGCUGGACCCGCGCCCACCGUCCCGUCGUCGUCGUCUCCGCUGUGCCGUGUCGCCCCCGCUGGUGUCCGUCGGUAUAGUGGCGGUGCGCGUCGCGGAGUCGUGGUCGUCCUCGCCGGCAGGCCCUCGCGGCUGGCGUGCCCUGGGUCGCGGUGCGUGCAGCGCCCCGGGCCGGGCGCGUGAGACGCGCGGAGGUGGAGGCUCGAUGGCGCCCAUGCCGCCUCUGAGCGGCCUGCCGGCAGGCGACCACGCCGGCAGGCAACUCCACCGCGGCGGUGGCUCGCCGCCGGCGUCUUCGGCCGCCCCGGCGGACGCGCCGAGCUCGUCGUCGGGCUCGUCGCUUCUGCUCCGGGGAGUGCUCACCGCCUCGUCGGCCGGCCGCUACUUCGCCUGGCAUCCCAACAACGCGACGGAUGAGACAGAUGGCUCCGGGGAGCAGGGCGAAGAGGAAGAAAUCCACCGCAAAACCCAGCGAAGCAUCAGCGAAACCUACUUUGCAGUCAAGGGAACGGCGCUGGUGCUUCCUCAUGACGAGUCCAUGCACGUCUACCGCUGCUCCAACAACAACGUCGUGGCCGGCGACAUCAGGGCGCACCUGCAGUCUAUGCUGUACAUGCUACGGCGUGAAGACACGCUCAAAAUGGCGGUGAAGCUGGAGAGCGCCCACCCCGCGGGUCGCACCCGCUACCUGGUCGUGGUUUCCCGGACGGGCUCCCUGGGCGCCGAGGAGGCCUGCCUGCUGGGCAUCGACUGCAACUCGCGCACCACCAUCGGGCUCGUCAUUCCCGUCUGGGCCGACGCCCGCAUCACACUCGACGGGGACGGAGGUUUCAGCGUGACAUCUAGCAGCGGGCAUUACAUUUUCAAGCCGGUCUCCGUGCAGGCCAUGUGGUCUGCACUGCAGUCCCUGCACAAGGCGUGUGCCAAAGCACGGGAGUGCAACUACUUCCAGGGGGGCGGAACCCAUCAGUGGGUGCAGUACUAUGCCGAGAGGAUACAGUCGGACCAGUCCUGCCUCAACGAGUGGUACGUAACACUUCCUGCGGUUAUGAGCGGUCAGCUUUCGUAUUCAGCUACUAAUGGUGAUGCUCUUCAUUUUUCUUUUUCCUUUUUUUUUUCUCUCUCGUUCCAAAGGCAUGCGAUGGACGACUUGGUUUCCAAGAGGCCCCCGACGCCUGACUUCGAUCGCUCACGGUCAUCGCAAAAAGAAGAGACAGAAGCACUUAUCAGGAGCAAGUUGAAGGAGCUUAUGAUGUCUGUGGAUCUGGAUGAAGUGACCAGUAAAUUUAUGCGGUCCCGGCUGGAGGAGGAGCUGGACAUGAGCCUGCAGGAGUUCAAGUCCUUCAUCGACCAGGAGAUGCUUACCAUCCUGGGUCAGAUGGAUGCGGCGACGGAGAUCCUCGAAUACCUCUACCUUGGCUCUGAGUGGAAUGCCUCGAAUCUGGAGGAACUGAAAGACAAAGGGGUUGGCCACAUCCUCAAUGUUACGCGAGAAAUUGACAACUUCUAUCCGGGCCUGUUCGACUACUUCAACAUUCGUGUCUAUGAUGAUGAGACGACAGAAAUGCUCAAGCACUGGGAUAAGACCUACAAGUAUAUUGCGCAAGCCAAAGAGCAGGGCUCCAAAGUGUUGGUCCACUGCAAGAUGGGCAUCAGCCGUUCGGCGUCGGUGGUCAUUGCAUAUGUGAUGAAGGCCUAUGGCUGGGACCUCCGGCAGGCCCUCGACUUCGUCAAGACCCGCCGCAGCUGCAUCAAGCCAAAUUCGGGGUUCCUCAAACAGCUCGAGACAUACCAGGGCAUCCUGCACGCAAGCAAACAGCGGCACAACAGUAUCUGGCGCUCCAAGUCUGAAACCAACCUUAAGGACGAGCAGCCUGACCGUGGGGCAGGCAGGCGAGAGUGUCGAGCAGCAGCCUCUCAGGCGCUCGCCCUGGGAAGCAGCGGUGGAGGUCGUGGCAGCCCAGCCGACGCCAACAAUGUUGCGAGAAUCGGCGGCAGUCGUGGCAGUGCCUCCAACAGCCUGCUGGUCCCCGGUAGUGUGAGCCGGCCAAAGUCAUGGUCCCCAGAUGAUCUCGCCUCCGAGGUGUUCUUUGCUGCCAACAACAGCAACAACAACUCUGAAUGCAUGCCCACCCCCUGCCAUGUGGCCCUCGCAAAUGGAAGGACGAAAUCCUCUCGGAGGCGGACAGGGCGCCCUCGGUAUGGAACAGAUCCUUUGUGUUACACCAUACCCCACACCAGCGCCAUGUCGACACUUCAGCAAGUCCAAGCCACAGAACAAGAGAAGAAUGCAAAGAAUGCUGCUGCCAAUGGCACGAAGGCUGGCCUUCCCACUGUGGCUCCUGUGACACCCUCCAUGUGCUCACCCGCUGUCGUUGCCAUUACUGAUAAUGAGCAAGACCCUGGCUUACGCCGCGUUGCUUCGGUCAAGGAUCGCAUCUGCGAGCUGGAAUCGCAGGUUGGUGUCCCAAAAUCGGUGGCAGCUGGAGCAAAACAGGCAGUGAAGCCUGAAAUCCUCCGCAGUGGCACCGCCGAUUCACCAGCAGUGACAUGGUCAAACAAGCCACCAUCGGCAUUUUUAGGUGGACCUGCGAAAACCGGCACCUCUGAUGAGAACGCAGUAAACCUGUACAGCUGUCUACCAAGCUGUGGCGGAGGUGAGUCAUCGUCACUGGAGCUGCUAAGAGAUGUGCAGCCUGUGGCGUCCCAGACCAAGCCACUGACCCCAAAGCACAUGGCUGUGAUAGUGAAGUCGUCGCCCGCACCUUCUACCUGGACUCUGGGAGGUGGAGCUGGUGACUCCGAAAAGGAGCUAGAACCGGUGAUGAUAACAGUGGCACCACCUCCUAUAGCUAAGGAAGCUACCUUCUCCUCUGUGUUAAGGAGAAGUGUGGAAGACAGAUUGCCCACUUCGCAAGGUCCUGGGGGCAUUGCACUGCAAAGGUCAGCAACUGAUAUAGGCCUGCUGGCAUCCUCUAGUCAGGUGGUCUGCCGGCCGGCAGGCCGCCAUCACCCUUUGCUGCAUUGCGACUCUGAUGAUGCCGUUGUGUGCUCUGCAAGACCAUUGGCAGAGAUUUGCAAGCUACAGGUGGGUUUUGGUGAGGACAGGAGCCAGGGUGCCAUGUUGGAGGCACGCCGAGAUACCACAGUGGCUGUGAUGCCACAAUUGCCUCUCGUGGCAGAGCUUCAGGUGGAUGGCAAGAAAACCGAACUCCAUGAAGAGCGGACGGGACCGCCGGUAGAUCGCACUGGAGGGCUCCCAACUCGCUGCAAACUCCGCAAGGCGAAACCGUGCCUCGAAGAGAAGAGCUUCGCCCGUUCACUCUGCCUCGAAGGUGGCGCUUUUCCGUCACAAACACGUUCCACACCUUCCACGCCUCCGGAACAGCUGCCUGAUGGUUCUUCACCUAGCAGGCAGAUACUGCGUUCUCAGAGCCUGCGUUGUGAGCACCGGCCCAGAUCUCUUGCCCUGCCUGCUGCAUCAACAUGCAUGAGCGGGCGAAGUCCGCCCAAAAUUCUCGCCUUAGGAUCAGGCGAAGCUCAGCCUCUACCCUCAUUUUCAGCCAGUCCUGAAAUUAAGCACAGCAUGAGCACACCAUCAGUAAUGGAAGCCGUUAACGAAGUCCUCUGUGAGACGCGCCACGUCAUCUCCAAUGCCAUGCACUUUAUCCCCUGUGCUAACAGUUCGCCGGAAGCCUACUCGCCUCUGCUCUGUUCCGGUCAGGGUCUGGAACAUAUCGAAUCAAACAUCACUCCUGCAUCAGAACCGAGCGAAGUUCCCCAAGUGGGCAUUGUGCGACAGCAGAGAGCUGUGCUAGAAGGGCUGCAACCGCUGCGAGGCACCACAGUGGCAGUGCCUCCAGCAGCCAGAACUGACCGGAAGCCUCCGGUGGGGGACAGCACGGGACGCACGAAAAAAGAGCAAGCGCGAAUCAUCAAAGAACUCGGAAGCACCAUGCUUCCCAGUGUUACUGGUGACUCUCCAGCUCUCUGCAGCGGUAACAAUACCACCGAUCAGCAGCAGCAGCAGCAGCAGCCGCCGGAUGACGAUGAAUCUGCAGUCGGUGUAGUCAAGCGGCUCACCAAAGAGCUGGAGGCCAAGGCACGGAAUGGCAAGACUAAACCUGCUGGCAUUGCCGAGAGGCUCGUCAUUGUCGAAAGGAACAGCGGUGACAGCAACGAGCCGAUAAGUGGCAGCAGCUCGAGUACGCCCAACUCCCCCGUGUGUGAGCGCCAUGGUUGCACUCAGCCCCUACGCAAUCUUCGCGCCUUCUCGGAGGGCCGGCCCACUGGGCCAGACCUACUGCCAGUGCCUGCGGUUCCAGCCCCACCCACGCCAAACAGGUGUACCAGUCUCGAUGCUGAUAGACUUCGGAAGCUGUCGGCUAGUCGUAGCAUAACGGCACUGCUGGCGAGGGCACCACGAGCCGGUGAAUCCUCGCCGCCGGCGAUGGUCACUGCUACACCCACCGUGGCGCUUAUUGCUACCAUGCCAGCACCGGCACCUGUUGGCAAUGCUACCACUACCUUGCCUGGUGGCCUCCAGAGAAAAGUGCGCAAGCAACAAGGCAAAACUCACCCGCUGAGCAAACUGACCGUGCGGCAAAGGCAUGCCAACCCGCUGUACAACACCAUGUGAUGAUCCCCUCCCCACCCCCACCUUUUUACAUUGUGGUGCGUGUGUGUGCAUGCACACACGCAGGCCUCACCUUUUCCUGUUUUCCAACACCCCUUUUUCCAAAUUUUUUUUCUCUUUCAUUCUUGUUCCACAGCCUUACUUCCCAGAAAUACUUGUGUUGGUAGGUGUGGUGGACAUUGUAAAAUUCUCUGGAUGUAGACUUGUUUACCCCAUUUUUGUUAGCUCCUAUGAAUGUAUGUAUGUGCGCUUGUGUGUGUGUGAUGUUCGCCCCCCGCCUCCACCGCUGUACAGAAAGAGAAAUGAGUGUAUGUUAUUUUUGUUUGUGCAUGUUGGAGUAGACGUUGCUUAUGUGUGACCACUUUUCUCUGUCCAUGUGAACAGAAACUUUGUGGCAUUCAGUCAAGGCCAGUAGUGCCCUGCCACAUCUCUUCUGAUGCUUCCCUUUUUCCUUCCAUUCAACUCCUCCCAAACAGUCGCUGUCCCCCUUCUCAGCAGCCUGUUUCAUUCUUGAACAUGCUUAUCUAAGGAUGUCCCGAGUACGUCCACAAAUGCGAAUUAACAAUUUCACGCCGCAAAAUUAUGCUGCGUGAAUGAGCCUCGACAAGGGCCGCUCCCCUUCCCCUGGGAAGUCUUGAAACAUUUAGUAAAAUCUCUCUAGAACAUCAGCUGCCAUCCCCCCUCUGAAUUCAGAGACGUGCUUGCCUUACUCAUGAGCGUCUUUUGAAGUCUGGAAUGCAACAGCUUAUUUGCCUGCUCAGUUCCCAUUUUGCAGGAGUGAUGCUUGUGCAUAAUAUGUGACAAAUGCUUUUGACUGCCGAUGAACAAAGGGUUCAGUAGUUUCUUGUCUCAGGCACUUCACCAGGCAUACUUGCCAAGCCAAUUUGGCUGAGCUCAAUGGUUGUGCCGAGGGAAAUCCAGUUGUGCCCUUGCUUACAUAGAUGCAAGCUGCGAAAACAAGAAGACCACCCAAAUUUCCUGUGAAGUCUGGAUAUACCGAACUGUCUUUUCUUAUUUGUUUGUUUUGUUUUUGCAGAUGUCAUUGUUUUACAUCCUUUGUUGCUAAUUAUUGGGACUAACAAAUGAACUAAAGUGCCUGAGGCAAGGAUAUGAGGCACCGCACUGCAUUUUACUUGCCAUUCUGCACAAAGCUGUUCUUAUGCAUCUUGGGCAGUUCUUGCACAUUCCGAAACCAAAGCAUAGGGCUUCACAAUUGUACUGGAGCCUGAUUACUCACUUUAGACAGGUGGGUUGCAUGAGCAUAAUAUUUACACACAACUUUGACACAACUGUUCACGGGUCCCUUUUGCUUUACUCAUGAAAGGGGCUUGCUGGCGAGAAACUUGUCGAUACGAGUAGCUGCACAUGCACGUCUUUAUUUCCUGUUCAUUCUUUUGGGGAGGGGGGGGGUUCAGUUUGAUAGGGUCAAUUUGUCCUGUGCUAUUCUGCAGGGCAGGAUUCUGGUAGAGCACUGAUGAAUAAUUGCAGUGAUAUGAGCUGAUAAACAGUAUACUUCAGGAGACAUCCACCAUCUCAUUUCUGCAAUUUUGGCAUUGCUGUACACUCAUGUUACUUACUACAAGCUUUGUUCAACACACCUGAGCAACACACCCGAGAACCUGCAUAGUCAUUAUCUAAGCAGUUAGACAUUUCAAAAUUUUCGCCUAAUCUACUGGUUCUUACACAUUGAAAUCUCUCAUUUACAAUGUGUAUAUAAUGUUAUGGCAACUUAGCAUAAUGGUGCACUUCGUUUUUUUUUUCUGCUGAAUAAGUAUUGUACUACUGACACGAACACAUUUUUUUUUUUUUUAGAAGCAUUGAUUCUGUGAUUCCUAGCCAUGGUGGAGAGAGAAACCAAUCGCAAUAUUUAUGGUAAAAAUCCCCCAGUGGUUUUCACCAGUUCUGUCAGUUCCAAAUUGUCCAGUCCCACUUGACCUCAAGUAGGAAUUUUGGCAUGAACCACUUUCACCCAUCGGGGCCAGUUAGCGUUAAAUAUUUUCACCUACACCAUUUUGACAAGAUGGGCUGGGUUGUCAACAAACUGGACACCACGCAUCCGCUGCAAUGUUCUAUCUUCAUGCGAGAUUUGAGUUAAGAUUCUUAGUAGCUAACGCAUCAUUAUUUUUUUUAGUUUGUGGAACAAUGUCUCAGCUGAGGCACACGAGAGUGUGCACAGGAACAGCAUGUCACACAUUCUUGCAGUUUAUGAGCAUACCUCGUCAACUGGUGCAAGCUACCGUCGGGAUGUUGCUGUAAACCAUGCAUUGAUGCCGUGCCAGCUAUUGAAAAACACUGCGAGAACAGAAACGUGCUGCACAAUUGCUUGAUCGCGUCAUCCUCUUGCUGUGUAGCUUUGAGUGAACGCUAGCUGCGCAUUGCAUUUGAUUGCACUUGAUUUGCAAGGCUGCCGUUAACAAAACACUGCCCAUAGAAGCAAAGUCACUACGUGCAUUUUGCAUUGUCUUCAUUUUCUUCCCUGCUGGCCUUUUUUCUUUCAUGUUUGCUCUAGUGAGAGAAAUGCAGACGCAUGUGCUUGGUGCAACUUCAACUCAUGCUCUGAGUUUCCAUGCCCACCUUUUCUAGUUCUAAGAAAGAAGAGACAGAAAAUGUGCCAUACAAUGUUUACAGCUGUUGUAGCUUCACCGCUCUUACGCUUGCCGUCGACCCAAAGUUGUCUCUGCCUUGUUGUUCCUUUUAAUUUACUUCCUUCUCUUGUCUGUCGUUUUUGUUUCCUGUUUCUGUCCCACCCUUGUCGUUCCUUCUCCUUUGCUGCAUGGCGUGAAAGCUGCAGAGAAAAAGCACGUCUUGUGCAUCUGGAGAAAGUUGAGAGAGAGAGAGAGAGGAGUGCCUGAGGUUGGUGAAGUGUAUGAUGUACGUGCGCUAGGCCGAAAGAAAUUAUUUAAGAAAAUCGGAAGAGUAUUCUUCUGAAAUAAAAACGAUUUUAGCCA